GAAAAAAAAUAUCCAUUUCCUCUUCCAUUUUCAUGGCUUCUUCCUUCUGCACAGUUCUCCCCAGCCACGUCCUUGCUCGGAAGGCGAGCUUCCCGCCCGCGCCAUCGGAGAUAUUCCGUACUUCCCUGGCUCCGGAGAGAUUCCGGCGGCAUAGACGUAGGUUUCUGCAGUUUUCGUGUCCGAAGGUCGUCAGAGCAGUGAGUUCCAUGGCGACGCGGGAAGGUGCUGCUACUGUGGCAGCUGAGGGCUCUAAGAUCAGAGUGGCUCACGUUUUGACGGUCGCCGGCUCUGAUUCUGGCGGUGGAGCUGGAAUCCAAGCUGAUCUCAAGGCCUGCGGCGCCCGCGGAGUGUACUGCUCCACUGUGAUUACCGCCCUCACUGCGCAGAACACUGCUGGAGUUCAGGGCGUAAACAUGGUGUCGGAGGAAUUUGUGGCGGAGCAGCUAAAGUCUGUGCUCUCUGAUAUGCAUGUUGAUGUGGUGAAAACCGGCAUGCUACCCUCGGUUGGCAUAGUCAAGGUCCUUCUUCACAGCCUGAAUGAGUUUCCCCAUUUAGCAUUGGUUGUUGAUCCUGUCAUGGUAUCCACAAGUGGAGAUGUUCUUGCUGGUCCUUCCAUUCUCGAGGUGUUUCGAGAAGAGCUUCUUCCAAGAGCUGACAUUGUGACCCCAAAUUUGAGAGAGGCAUCUACUCUACUUGGUGGGAAGCAGAUAGAAACUGUUGCUGACAUGCACGAAGCUGCAAAAUUAUUGCACGAUAUGGGCCCAAGAAAUGUACUUGUCAAAGGUGGAGACCUCCCUGGUUCUUUUGAUGCAGUUGAUGUAUUCUUUGAUGGAGAAGAAUUUUAUGAGCUGCGAUCAGCACGAGUAAGAACUCACAAUACUCAUGGUACUGGAUGCACUUUGGCCUCAUGUAUAGCAGCAGAACUGGCAAAAGGUUCUCCAACGCUUUCUGCUGUUAAGGUUGCUAAGCGCUUUGUUGAGACUGCAUUGGAUUACAGCAAAGAAAUCGUUGUUGGGGAUGGGCCUCAAGGCCCUUUUGAUCACUUUCUAAUGUUAAAGAGAGAGAUGCAAGGUUCCCGAAAGCAUUGGAUAUUCGAACCUAGCCGCCUAUUCUUGUAUGCUGUCACAGAUUCAGUGAUGAAUAAAAAUUGGGACCGGUCCAUUACAGAUGCUGUCAAAGCUGCGAUAGAAGGAGGUGCUACUAUUGUUCAGCUAAGGGAAAAGGAGGCUGAAACGGGUUACUUUAUUGAAGCAGCCAAAUCAUGUUUGGAAGUGUGCCGCUCCCAUGGAGUCUCACUACUGAUAAAUGACCGUGUUGAUGUUGCCCUUGCCUGUGAUGCGGAUGGGGUUCAUGUAGGGCAGUCUGAUAUGCCCGUCAGGGUGGCCCGAGCACUUCUAGGGCCUGAUAAGAUCAUUGGCGUGUCAUGCAAGACCCCUGAGCAGGCUCACAGAGCAUGGACCGAUGGGGCUGACUAUAUUGGCUGCGGUGGAGUAUAUCCAACCAAUACCAAGGCUAAUAACAAAACUAUCGGGUUGGAUGGGCUGAAAGCUGUUUGCUUGGCCUCCAAGCUACCAGUUGUUGCCAUUGGUGGCAUUGGGCCUUCAAAUGCAGGGGCUGUGAUGGAGAUUGGGGCUCCGAAUCUUAAGGGUGUUGCUGUCGUCUCAGCCCUUUUUGACCGGGAAUGUAUAGUGGAAGAGGCUAGAAAGCUCCGUGCCACGCUUGAUAAAGGCAAAACAUCUAAUUCAUAGUAAAGAUUCUUAGGAGAGCCAAAAUGAACUGUAAUUCCUAGUAUAAAUUCUUCUUAGAUUAACAUGCGUAUUUAAGUGAAAUCUGCUCCAAAUGAUAAAAUAUGUAGGUGGUUGGCUCUCUCGUGUUUUGCUCAGUCGACUGAUUGCUUCCUGUUCUAGUGACAUAACAAGAAUUUGAUGGGGCAAAUCGUGCAAUGAUCACCGGGUUGUAUAAAA